AUGAUGCGCCUCUCGAGCUUUGUUUUCAUCGCCCUCGUUGUUCUUGGAGGCAAUGCUGCCGUCAUCGACAGGCGCCAGCUCACCGCCGAACUCUCCUCCGUGGAGUCCGCGACCGCCAUCGCCUCCCAGGUGGUCUCUUCCGUAGCCUCCGAAUCCGGUGUCUUUGGGUCCGUAACCGCCAUUGCCUCCCAAGUGGCCUCCUCCGUGGCCUCUGAAACCGGCGUCCUCGAGUCCGCAACCGCGAUCGCCUCCCAGGUGGCCUCCUUCGUGGACUCCGAGUCUGGCGUCUUCGCGUCGGCAACGGGGAUCGCUUCCAGUGUACUGCUCCAGCUCUGA